AGCUAACUUGAGAAAAAAAACAAACAUUUUUUUCGAUUUUAUGUGUGUUGUGAAUGUGAAAUGAAAUUCAUGCACUCACUACAUGCAUGUUGUUUUGUUGGUCGAUUAUUUUUUUUUGGUUGAUGUAUGAGAAAGUUGUAUAUGGAUACAAUACACAAAAGACACACACUGCAUUUUCAUUUUGUACUUUGUUCUGUGCGCAUACCACACACACAUAUAUUUAAUUUAUACGGUAAAAAAAUGUAAUUCAUGUUUUUUUUUAACAAUGAAAACGAUUGAAUCAUCAUUGAUUGUUUGUGUAUCUACCUGAAUCGACAACCACCUAAUUUUUUUGAUAAAUAAACAUCAUCAUCAUUCAAUCGAAAAAAACCGAAAAGGAAAUAUCAUUGACCAGAAUUUGGAAUGGAGACCAGUAUAACAUUAUGGCAAUUCCUAUUGGAAUUGCUUCUCAAUCAUGAGUAUAAAGAUAUCAUAACAUGGACAAACAAUGAUGGUGAAUUUAAAUUGGUCAACGCCGAAGAAGUCGCCCGGUUAUGGGGAUUGCGCAAGAAUAAGCAUAACAUGAAUUAUGAUAAAUUGUCGCGAGCAUUACGUUAUUAUUAUGACAAGAAUAUUAUCAAAAAAGUUUUGGGACAAAAAUUUGUAUAUAAAUUUGUAUCAUAUCCAGAUUCACAAAAAUUGGAUACGGCUGCAACAGCCGCAGCUGCAGCGGCAGCCGCAUCAAACGCUGCAGCAGCAGCGGCGGCAAAAAUGGCUGCAUUUAAUCAGGCCGCACAAGCUGCUGCCAUGUCGAAAACAUUAUCACAAUCACCAUUGAAUCCAUAUAGUUAUUUAGCCGCGGCUGCCGUUGCGUCAUCAUCGAUUCCACCAUCGCCAACAUUGGCACAAUCAUUUCCGGAUAUCAAACUUGAACCACUAUUAACAGCAACAUCGAUAUCAUCUGCCGCAUCAUCGUCGACAACAACAACAGCAGCGGCGGCAACAUCAACGACAUCGAUUAAAAAAGAGCCCAAUUUUUUCAAUUUUCCUGUUUUACCAACACAUCAUCAUCAUCCAUUGUCACACCAUUCACAUCACCAUCAUCAUCCAUUGAACCAUCUUCCAAUAUUUGGUCAACAAACAACAACCACAACGACGUCAGCUUCGACGCCAGGAACAACCACAAUGUGUGAACCGAAUAAUAAUAGCAUUUAUAUGCCAUCAAUGGAACCUACAGAUCUUUCAUUUAAAACUGGAAAAAAUUUAUCCAAAAAACGUAACAACAAUGAAGCAACAGCCGAUAAUAAUGAAUCACUAUCAUCUGAAAGUGGUGGUUGGACAGAAAAUUCUGACAAUUGUAAUAAUAGUCAUUUCAAUUAUAUGAAUGGUUCAUCAAUAAUAAAAUCCACCAAUGGUGGUGCAAAUAAUAAAAGAACUAAAUUGAUGACAAAUGAUUAUAAUUUAAAAAUACAGUCCUCACCAUCCAACAUUUCAUCAUCUGCAUCUGCAUCAUCACCAUCACCAUUAUCGAUACGUUCACCAUCGCCAUCAUUGACAGAUGUAUAUUCAAAUCUAUCGAAUGAUUGUUCACCAGUAAAUCUAAGCCAAUCGGCACAUUCUUCUGCAUCAUCCGCAUCAUCAUUGUCGGAUCGUGAUUCAGAUAAAAAUCCUGGUUCAUGUUCAUCGAUUGAAUCGAUGGCAAUGGCAAACAGUGGUAAUAAUAAUGAUAAAUUGAAUGAUAUUACAUCGUCACCAUCGAAUGUAUCAUCAUCAUCAUCAUCGACAACAACGUUGAUGAAUAAAAUUAAGCAAGAAGUUAUUAUUACAAACUCACCAUCAUCAGCAUCCAAUUUAUCAUCAAAUGGUGGUGGCAGUAAUACCAACAAUAGUGGUAAUGGUGGAAAAUCCAAACAUAAACCACCACCAAUAUGUGCUAUACCAAAUAGUCCAACACGUAAUAAUUUAUCGUUUGCACAAUCAUUACAGACACCAAUCGUAACAUAUACAUCACCAUUUUUGGCUAAACAUACACCUGGUUUGUUUAAUUCCACAUAUUCAUUUUUCAAUUCAUUAAGUCCAUUACUGUUACAAAGUCCAAGAUAUGCAAGUGGUGCUAAUCUGUUUCAAUUUCCACCACAUAUUAAUAGUAGUAUUGCCAAUAAUAAUAAUAAUAAUAAUAAUGGUGGUGGUGGUGGUAGUUCGACCACAGGAAAUAUUGGCAAUGGAAAUGUAAUUGGUAACAGUGGUGGUAAUAGUGGAUCAUCCUCGACAACAGCAACAACUACAGCACCACCAUUAACACCAACAAUACCGAUUCCACCAUUAUCACCAUUUACACCAGCAUCAUUUUCAUUUUAUGACCCACAAUUUUUAUUGUCACCACAAUCAACGUCGAUACCUGUAUUGCAAAGUUGAAAAUUUGAUCGAAUGAAACAAAAUUCAGGAAAAUGAAUAUCAAAUCAGUUGUGCUCAAAAAAAAUUGAAAAAUAAUCAACCACAUCUACAUACACAAAAAAUCGCUAUUUUUUUACCAUUUUUCAAACACACAAAA